AGGUUUAUGUUGUUAGAGCCCUUUUGACCCAUAAACGAUCGCUAAUGCUUGAAAGCUUCUGACUUUUUUCAUUAGACAACUAAAUCAAUGCAAAAGCUCCUGACUUUUUUCAAUUUUGUUGUCAGGGUUUAUGUUAAGGUUUUUGUUAAGAGCUCUCUUGACCCAUAAGAUAGCUAAUGCUUGAAAGCUUCUGACUUUUUUCAUUAGACAACUAAAUCAAUGCAAAAGCUCCUCACUUUUUUCAGUUUUGUUGUCAGGGUUUAUGUUGAGGUUUUUCUUAGAGCUCUUUUGACAUAUAAGAUUUCUAUUGCUUGAAAGGUCCUGACUUUUUUUUUUCCUUAGGAGGAUUUCUGGUUUAUUUCUUUAUAUCGACAAAGAGUUUGUUCUGGUUUGAUUGAAAUCUGUUUUUGGUAUUUAGUUCUCUGUAAUGGUGAAUUUGUGUUUGAUAUCUUAUCUCCACCACAGUCUACAUAAAUACUGAAGAAUAAGAGAAUCACUACAAAUUUCUCUCUCAGAGGAUUAAGAAGAUCAUGAGGAAGGAAUUAUUUGGGAGAGCUUUUGCGGGAGCACCAAUGUUUGCUCUUGGAUACUACACAAAUGAUGCUUUAACCCCUAACCUAAAUCGCAUACGUAAAGACGCCAAACAAGCGUUGGCUGAAGGAAAGUCCUUGGUAAAGGAGCGUAAGGCUGCUCUGGCUAAGGUAAUAGAAACGAAAAAGAUGUUGGACGAGAAAGUGGAGGGUGUGGAUACUCUAAUUAAGUUGGAAAUAAUGAAAAAGAAGUUGGACGAUCAAGUGCAGUUGUAUAGGGCUCGAUUAGUUGAGAUGGAAGAAAAAAAAAAAAAAACUCCCAUGGACGAUACGCAGGAAGAAACUGAGUGGAGUUUCAUACAAGGAAAUGGAUCAGGAGAAACUAUGUGAUAUGGUGCAGAGAAUGAAGGCAGGAUAUGAACUCUUUAAAAAACUAAGUAUGUAGCUCAAGGUUUUGAUGAUCUGACUUUUGUGCUUAAUUCUUAACUUGUGAGUUCUGUUAGUAAUUGGAAUUAUAUUUAAAAUGUUAAUCCUUGAAUGUGUAUCAACUUGUGAUUACAUUAUCUAGUUUGUUUUGUUCUUAGUAAAUGACACGUUGGCGUCGAAA